AGGUCGCUUCCCAGCUCUUGCUGAAGUACCUGGAGGAGAACGAUGCCAACUUCGUGGUGAACGGAGCGACCCCAGGUGCGGAUGCCACGAGUCUGAAGGACUUGUUGUUGCUCGCUUCCUGUCAAGGCGCUUUCGUGAUGCGAGGUUUCAGUCUGGGUCAAGAAGGUGCUACAGAAAGUGACAUCUUGUUGGGCAUGUCCAAGCGCUGCACCCCCGCCAGCAUUGUGGACACAGACACGGAACAGUCACUUCGAUUGAAAGUUGUAGUGAGGAAUUCGCAAUACAAGUCGUGCUUACAGUGGUCGGAUUGCGUGGCGACAGAUGGGGGUAAGUGCAUUUCUUCCGCUGCGCCGUGCUUCGAGAGCAAGAAACAACUCUUUGUCAUGGAGACUUUGGACACAGGCAGUUUCACUGCCUAUGACAAUGCAGAUGGUGCCGACCAGACAGUGGUGGGGAGCAAGUUCAACCUUUUCGCGGAUGACGCCAAGCAAGACCCGAUCCGGGCCUACUACUUUCAUCUUAACGAAGCUCAUUUGAUGGCAGAUUCUGGUGGUGCAGAAGAAUUCUACUAUGGCACGCACGAAGGUGAAGAAAGGAAACUCAUGGCAUACUUUGACGACGGUCCGACCGACAACUCAGUUGUAAGCAGGUGGUUGGCCUUAAAGCAGACAGGGCAGUUCGUGGUGGGUUGGACGCAGUUUGAGGCUGCCAGCAGUUUUACUGUGGAGCCCAUUGAAGCCUUCCAGUGGACUCUCGAUGAGUUGGCAGGCUUUUCUGAGGCGCACAUCGACUGUGGAAGUGGCCACGUGAUCCAAGACUUGAGGAAGACCGAGGUCGAACUCUUUUGGACCUGCUCCCAAGUAGCAGGCUUGGGUUCCUGUGUCGAGCUCACCUCCUCGGACGCUCAAGCAGAUUCCCUGGAAGCCUUGCGCUUUCUGAAAUUGGACUGCGGUGAGAACGCCGCCAUGCAGUCGUUGGAGUUCGAAUCCAAUUCCAUCAGCUAUUCACUGCGCUUGAAGGCCAAAUGUUGCAGUUUGGCCAAACUCCCUGUAGUGCUGAACGUCACGGAGGACUUCUCCAGUGAUUUCUAUGAUGGUGACUUGAUUCCUGUGGCUGCUUCUGAAGGGAUCUAUUGCCCCACAGGACUUGAUGAGUCGGGUCGACCUACCUUUGCACAAAGCUUCAGCUUCAAGCCAGAUGAGAGUCAACCGCAGAACACUUUGCAGUACAACCGCGCAGUUGGAGAGUGGUGCUUGGGAACUUCCUGUGUGGAAGCAGAUGUGGUGCAUCCACUGGAUCUUGGAGAGAGCGUCUUCGGCGAUCUUCAAGUGAUGCCUUUCUUCAACUUCGAUGCGAAGUUCGUCGGACAAGGCGUCGUUCCUUUGAGUCCGCCAGACUCGUCUGGCUCCGUGCAGCGUUGGCAGACACCUCCGAGGCUUCUCACCUUUGCAACAGAGGAUCCGGUCUACCACCCGGAGUGCAAAGACGAGGUGUACCCAGGGACCGGACAGAACGACGCGGACGAGCCCAGCUUUGAUCGGAAGCAGAUGAAUGAGGAGGCUCAGGGCUUGGACGUGGAAAACCCCUGUCACUACAUCUGGAGCACGCAGCAGGGUGAUGGCGCCAGCUGGGUUCCGAGGCCGACUGCGUUUACACGACCAGCGCCGUACAAGUUCGAUCCCAUCAAGUUGAUCACGCCAGAGGGCAGAGCUGAGGCGGUGGUGAAGACCAUCAAAGAUCGAUUGGGUGUGGAGUUUCACUUGUCGGAGCCUGAAUAUUCACAGGAGGAGCUGGCUUCUGGUGCGCCAGGUCAGGGCUUGACUUACCGGACCAUGCAAGAAUGCUCAAGCCGGGCAGGUAGCCGCAGUGGCGGCUACACCUCUGCGAAGAACAUGUGGGCUCUCCAGCAAGCGAUGAUCCAGGGUAGCCUCCAAUUAGUGCUCCAUGCGGUGACUUUCGCCGAUGGCGUCGCUGAUGCCUUCAGUUGGUUUGGCGCUCCGGCCAAGGUGGUGUCCGCAGGAGCGAAGUUCCUGGGGAAUUCGGCGCUCACCGCCACGAGCAUGGCCUUUGCGGCGAACAACCACAGGCUCGACAACGUCUACAACACCGCAGCCGGGGAGGAUUGCUCUCCACUGAUGCAAGGCUUGUCUAGGAUGUUUUGUGAUUUACACUGCAUCCGUAACGCCGUGAAGACGGGCGACGCCAGCAUUCUGAGUCAAUUGGAAACGGUGUCGGAGACCAUCUCGAACAACACCCGGCGCCUGUUUGAGUUCUACUUGAGCGAAGACCAGGGAGCAAGCUUGGUGCAGUCUCAAAGCGAGUUGGUGAAUGGCAUCGCCCACAGCUUGUUGGAGA